AUGGCUCAAGAAAUUGACUAUCACUUUGUUGGAACCUACACCCGCUAUUCCAGCUGGACAGCGCGGGUGGAGGCAGUCCUAGAGUAUUUCCAGAUACCCCACACGGCUCAGAUUAUUAAACUCUCCGAUGUGAAAACAGUUUCUCCCUCUGGCCUCGUGCCCUACCUCCAAUGCCGCUCAAUGGGAUCCACAACUAUCAGCGAUUCACUAGCCAUCUGUGAAUUCCUCGCUGAAUCGAACCCCGAGCUCUCUUUGUGGCCUCGAGAUCGUCAACUCAGAGCGCUCGCACGUAGCGCUGCUGCUCAGAUGCACUCCGGCUUUUCGACUUUGCGAACUCUGUACGGCACCAACUUCGUCGGCCGAUACACUGGCAAUGUACCGAUUCCAGAAGAGGCUGUGAAGGAUGUCCGGCGCAUGUUGGCUUUGUGGGAUGAGGCUCGCAAGGCUACCAAAGAGCGCCUUGCGAUUCUUGGCGCAGCUGACGAGGGAUUCCUGUUUGGAGGAUUCAGUAUUGCCGAUGCCUUCUUCUGGCCGGUUCUUUGGCGAUUCCGGACUUAUGGACUUCCCUUGACGUCUGCCAGUGAGGAUGCCCUAGCGUGGAUGGGUACUAUGUGGAACGAUCCUGCAUUCCAGUCUCUGUCUACAAAGUACUACGUGCAGCUCAAGGACCCGGAAACGCGCAUUGAGCAAUAUGAUGAUGUGUAUCAGGGCCAGGCGGAUAUUCAGUAUGGCCACUUCCCCGAGGACUGGAAAUUCUCCACGUCUCAGUGA